ACAUUUUAUUUAUUUAGCAUAUUUGGUCUUGCCAUAUUUGAGUCAUUUUUUACUCUUUAACCAGUAGCAGUAAAUAAACAACAAGCGCCAGCAGGGCCAGUUUAAGUUGAACUUGCGUCACUUCAUCUGAUUUACAGUAUUUGGGCAUUUCUGAAGCUCAGCAGUAGCACUUCCUCUAUGAAUUGUUACAAAAGUCACCCACAAUCCUGAACAAAACCUGAACACACGUUCAACAAGCUCAAGAAUGAAGACGCUGCUGCUUUCACUGCUCUGUCUGUUUGUGUGGAGUCAGUCCACAGAUGCUUUAACUGAUCAGCAGGUGGUUUUAGGACAGAAUGUGACUUUAGCCUGUGAGUUUAAUUUAAAAGCUGUUAUUUGGUUUGUGACAAAACUGCCAGCUCGCCCAGAGAUGAUACUGCGAACAUAUGGAUCCCCCCAACAGGCUAAAUAUUACAACAACAAAUUCAUUAGAAAAUACUCAGAGGGAGGCUGGAGCCGCUUAUUAAUCAAUGAAGUUAGUGUUGAUGAUUUAGGAAUUUAUUACUGUAUAAAACCAGGGAAUGAUCUAAAGGUCAUGGUCAGUGAUGGUAUCAGACUGCAAACCACUGAAACAUCUCAAUAUGACAGUGGACUUACCAGCCUGCACACCACUGAAUCUCCCCCAAGUGGCAAUGAAACAGAGGAAAAAAAUCCACCACAAGAUCAGACAACACUUCAGAUUCCCAUCAUUAUGUUAAGUCUGUUGACUGUUGUGCUGUUUGCUGCAGUAAUAGGUUUAUUAAUAAUGAACCAUAAACUGUCUAAGGAAAUACCUAAAUAUGCCAAUGCUCAUCAGAUUUCUACUAUGAAGUUUUGUGAGAGUAACAGAGGAAAAACAGAUCCUGCAUAUCUAGAGGUGCUGCCAAAUAUCUAGAGGUCCUGUUUGAAACAGUGUUGAUUUAUUGCUGUUUGCUUCAAAUGAGCAGAAUUCUGCGCUGCUUGAGCAUGUAAUGAAAUGAUCUGCACUUGUCUGUUCAUAAUAAAACAUGACUAAAAUCUGUCUGCAAUGAAAAUGUCCAUCAAGUUUUAUAAUAACGUUUGCUUUUGAAAAAAUAAACUUUGUAAUGUU